AUAGGUUGGGCCACGGGGCCCCAACGCGGGGCGAGCCGGGACGGGGCGCUGUGCCCUAUAGGGCCGCCAUGGAGGCGGAGGAGGUCUACGUCUUGGUGGAAUACGGCUUUGAGUACCGCACCAAGGACGGCACCGUGGUCUCCAUCCACCCCAAUGAGCGCUACGUGCUUUUGGGGCGCACCAACGAGCACUGGUGGCACGUCCGGAGGAGCGGCGAUGCGCGGCCCUUCUACGUCCCCGCUCAGUACGUCAAGGAGCUGCCCCCCAUGGCCGCCCCGCAGCCGCUGUACCCCGACGAGGUGGGAUCCUAUGGGUUCCCCACGUUACGAGUGGAGCCCAGCCCCGGCGAGAGCUCCAGGAGACAGCGGGAGGUGCAGGAGCGCCGAGAACCAGAGGAGCCCUCAGCCCACAUCUACCUCAACCUGCAGGAGCUGCAGCUGGAAGCCGCCUCAUGCGGCCCGGCCCCGCUGCCCCCCUGCCCGCCCCACAGCGCCGACUGGGAGACCCACCGCGACUCGGAGUCGGGACUUUUGUUUUAUUACAACCCCAGCACCGGGGAGACGACGUGGGAGCGGCCCUUGGAGCUGGACGUCGAUGCCGUGAGUCCCGGCGCCUCCCCCCCCAUGUGGGGACACCAGGAGGAGCCGAGCAGGCCGGCGCUGUGCUGUGAUUCGGCGACUGGAGAGGGGCUGUGGGACCCACAGAGCGUGGGAGAUGGGCACUGGGAUGCGGAGAUGGGAACGGCGCCCUACAGCCCCAUGGAGCACAGGCCGCCCACCCCCGAGGCCGAUUACCCCGAGCUGUCUGCAGACGAGCUGGAGCCCUGCCCCGAGGAGGACGGCUCGCCCCCGGGCUCCUUCCGGUGGGGGGCGGCUCCCUGCCCGCCCCCCCGGUGGCACCAGGAGCUGGCGGGGUCCCCACGGUGGGACGGAGCCCCUGGGGAGCGGGAGCCACGCGGCACCGAGACGGUCCUGGCAGGUGGCCUCCACCAGCGGGCCAGCAGCAGCUCCAGCCAGGACAGCGGGUUGCUCGCAUGGCCAGCUGGCAACCCGGCAUCACCAGGGCUCCGCGAGGAGAAGCUCAAAAGCCUUGACAAGGCCGGGGUGCUCAACAGGACCAAGACGAUGGACAGAGGGAAGCGGAUACGGAAAAACUGGAGCUCCUCCUGGACGGUGCUGGAGGGCGGAAUCCUGACCUUCUUCAAGGACUCCAAGCACUCGGCUGCGGGUGCCCUGCGGCACCCCACCACCCUGACCACCCCGGAGCACACGGUGGAGCUGCGUGGAGCCGCCAUCGCCUGGGCCAGCAAGGAGAAAUCCAGCAAGAAGCACGUGCUGGAGCUGAGGACGCGGGAGGGCUCCGAGUUCCUCAUCCAGCACGACUCGGAGCAGAUCGUCACCACGUGGCACCGGGCCAUCGCCGACAGCAUCGUGCUGAUGGGCUCCGAUGUCCCCACCGAGGAGGACGCCGAGAGCGGGACGGAGUUCGGCUCGCGGGAGAAGCUGGGCGCACCCAGCCCAGGCGACAGCGAUUCCAGCAAAGUGCGCAACAAGCUCCGCAAAUUCCUCCAGCGGCGGCCGACGCUGCAGUCCCUGCGUGAGCGUGGCUACAUCAAAGAUCAGGUUUUUGGGUGCUCGCUGCAAGCGCUGUGUGAGCGGGAGCACGGCACGGUGCCACGGUUUGUCCAGCAGUGCAUCCAGAGCGUGGAGAGGAGAGGGCUGGACAUCGACGGGCUCUACCGGGUCAGCGGCAACCUGGCCACCAUCCAGAAGCUGCGCUACAAAGUGGACCACGAGGAGCACCUGGACCUGGACGACGGGCGCUGGGAAGACGUCCACGUCAUCACCGGUGCCCUCAAGCUGUUCUUCCGCGAGCUGCCGGAGCCGCUCGUCCCCUUUGGGCACUUUGACAAGUUCAUCGCCGCCAUCAAGAUGCAGGACCCGGUGCUGAAGGGACGCUGCAUCCGUGACCUCGUGCGCUCGCUGCCGCCCGCCAACCACGACACCAUGGAGGUCCUCUUUGGGCACCUCUGCAGGGUGGUCGAGUUCAAGGAGGAGAACCGCAUGUCGGUGCAGAGCGUCGCCAUCGUCUUCGGCCCAACGCUGCUGCGGGCGCCGAGCGAGGAGGGCAGCAUGGCUGUGCACAUGGUGUUCCAGAACCAGGUGGUGGAGCUCAUCCUCAACCAGUACGGACACAUCUUCCCUGACGGGUAGCGCGUGACAUGGGGACAACACAGGGACACCGCGAGGACACCGUGGGGACACCGCGAGGACAGCAUGGGGACACAAUGAAGACACCACGGAGACAUCAUGAGGACAUGGUGGGGACAUGAUGGGGACACCACAAGAACAUCAUGAGGACACCAUGGGGACAUGAUGAAGACACCAUGAGGACACCAUGCGGACAUCAUGAGGACAUCAUGGGGACACCAUGUGACACCAUGUGACACCAUGAGGACACCGUGGGGGACGCCAUGGGGACACCGAAGGGACACCACGGAGACACCAUGGGGACACCAUGGGGACACCAUUGGGACUCAGGGGCAUCAGACUGUGGGUGACAGCACCUGAAGGUGGCACAAGGGAUGGGGACACCGCUGGGGACGGUGACAUGGACCCUGUGGGGAGGGGACACCCAGGACGGGGUGUGGAGAUGCGUGGCCGGGAGCGGUGCUCCUCAAUAAAGAGAUUGUAAGGA